GUGAGGGCGGCUUUCACCCUGGCUCCACUGCCUUUUUAGCGUCGGAAGGGCAGCCCUAGUGGGAGAGAGAAAAAGGAGUCGGCAGCGGCUCUUACGCGUCCCGGGGCUGCGCGCCACUCUCUCGGCCGGUAACGCGGUGCUUUGCGGCUGCCGUCAAGCGCGGCGUUGGGCCGGCGGGCGGGGGCCGAGGGGCUGCCAUGGCGGCGGCGGGCCGGCUGCCGAGCUCCUGGGCGCUCUUGUCGCCGCUCCUCGCGGGGCUUACACUACUGGGAGUCGGGCCGGUCCCAGCGCGGGCGCUGCACAACGUCACGGCCGAGCUCUUUGGGGCCGAGGCCUGGGGCACCCUUGCGGCUUUCGGGGACCUCAACUCCGACAAGCAGACGGACCUCUUCGUGCUGCGGGAAAGAAGUGACUUAAUCGUCUUUUUGGCAGACCAGAAUGCACCCUAUUUUAAACCCAAAGUAAAGGUAUCUUUCAGGAAUCACAGUGCAUUGAUAACAAGUGUAGUCCCUGGGGAUUAUGAUGGAGAUUCUCAAAUGGAUGUCCUUCUCACAUAUCUUCCCAAAAAUUAUGCCAAGAGUGAAUUAGGAGCUGUUAUCUUCUGGGGACAAAAUCAAACAUUAGAUCCUAACAAUAUGACCAUACUCAAUAGGACUUUUCAAGAUGAGCCACUAAUUAUGGAUUUCAAUGGUGAUCUAAUUCCUGAUAUUUUUGGUAUCACAAAUGAAUCCAACCACCCACAGAUACUAUUAGGAGGGAAUUUAUCAUGGCAUCCAGCAUUGACCACUACAAGUAAAAUGCGAAUUCCACAUUCUCAUGCAUUUAUUGAUCUGACUGAAGAUUUUACAGCAGAUUUAUUCCUGACGACAUUGAAUGCCACCACUAGUACCUUCCAGUUUGAGAUAUGGGAAAAUUUGGAUGGAAACUUCUCUGUCAGUACUAUAUUGGAAAAACCUCAAAAUAUGAUGGUGGUUGGACAGUCAGCAUUUGCAGACUUUGAUGGAGAUGGACACAUGGAUCAUUUACUGCCAGGCUGUGAAGAUAAAAAUUGCCAAAAGAGUACCAUCUACUUAGUGAGAUCUGGGACGAAGCAGUGGGUUCCAGUCCUACAAGAUUUCAGCAAUAAGGGCACACUCUGGGGCUUUGUGCCAUUUGUGGAUGAACAGCAACCAACUGAAAUACCAAUUCCAAUUACCCUUCAUAUUGGAGACUACAAUAUGGAUGGCUAUCCAGACGCUCUGGUCAUACUAAAGAACACAUCUGGAAGCAACCAGCAGGCCUUUUUACUGGAGAACGUCCCUUGUAAUAAUGCAAGCUGUGAAGAGGCGCGUCGAAUGUUUAAAGUCUACUGGGAGCUGACAGACCUAAAUCAAAUUAAGGAUGCCAUGGUUGCCACCUUCUUUGACAUUUACGAAGAUGGAAUCUUGGACAUUAUAGUGCUAAGUAAAGGAUAUACAAAGAAUGAUUUUGCCAUCCAUACACUAAAAAAUAACUUUGAAGCAGAUGCUUAUUUUGUUAAAGUUAUUGUUCUUAGUGGUCUGUGUUCUAAUGACUGUCCUCGUAAGAUAACACCCUUUGGAGUGAAUCAACCUGGACCUUAUAUCAUGUAUACAACUGUAGAUGCGAAUGGGUAUCUGAAAAAUGGAUCAGCUGGCCAACUCAGCCAAUCUGCACAUUUAGCUCUCCAACUACCAUACAACGUGCUUGGUUUAGGUCGGAGCGCAAAUUUUCUUGACCAUCUCUAUGUUGGUAUUCCUCGUCCAUCUGGAGAAAAAUCUAUACGAAAACAAGAGUGGACUGCAAUCAUUCCAAAUUCCCAGCUAAUUGUCAUUCCAUACCCUCACAAUGUCCCUCGAAGUUGGAGUGCCAAACUGUAUCUUACACCAAGUAACAUUGUUCUGCUUACUGCUAUAGCUCUCAUCGGUGUCUGUGUUUUCAUCUUGGCAAUAAUUGGCAUUUUACAUUGGCAGGAAAAGAAAGCAGAUGAUAGAGAAAAACGACAAGAAGCCCACCGGUUUCAUUUUGAUGCUAUGUGACUUGCCUUUAAUAUUACAUAAUGGAAUGGCUGUUCACUUGAUUAGUUGAAACACAAAUUCUGGCUUAAAAAAAAUAGGGGAGAUUAAAUAUUAUUUAUAAAUGAUGUAUUCCAUGGUAAUUAUUGGAAAGUAUUCAAAUAAAUAUGGUUUGAAUAUGUCACAAGGUCUUUUUUUUAAAGCACUUUGUAUAUAAAAAUUUGGGUUCUCUAUUCCGUAGUGCUGUACAUUUUUGUUCCUUUGUGGAAUGUGUUGCAUGUACUCCAGUGUUUGUGUAUUUAUAACCUUAUUAGUGUCAUGAUGAUGGAAAAAGAUAUGUGUAAAUAAAAAUAAUUAAAUGAGCAGGAA